AUUUUAUUUAUUUAUAUAAAUAAUAUCUGAAGAAGUUUCUCUCUCUCACUAAUUCGUUCACUGGAAAGAAGGAGGAGAUGUCUGCAACACAAGAAGAAGACAAGAAGCCUGGAGAUGGAGGAGCUCACAUCAACCUCAAAGUCAAGGGUCAGGAUGGGAAUGAAGUUUUCUUUAGGAUCAAGAGAAGCACUCAGCUGAAGAAGCUGAUGAAUGCUUACUGUGACAGGCAAUCUGUGGACAUGAACGCUAUUGCCUUCUUGUUUGAUGGUCGUCGUCUUCGUGCUGAGCAGACUCCUGAUGAGCUUGAUAUGGAGGACGGUGAUGAGAUUGAUGCCAUGCUCCAUCAGACUGGUGGCUGUGGUGGAGGCGCUGCAAUGGCUUGACAAUUAUCUGAGUUUAGGGUUUUUAUGAUAAGGUUGUGUGAUAUGAAUGGUUAAGUAGUGAAAUUAGGAUUUGCAGACUUGUUUUUUAGCGUGACCAUUAUCUUUAGAAAACUAAUAUGGUCAUGAUGGCUGUUAAAAGACCUUUUGGUUGAUUCUUGGUCUUGUUCGUUUGAUAUUGUGAUCCUAAUAUCAUAUGAUACUAUUUGGUCUUAAAGGUGUUCUUUAACUUCAUUAUCUGAAGCUUAUAACUCUCAAAAUCUUAUUUGUCUAUCUGAAAAUCUAAACCAG